AUGGCGCCACAAGAUUCAUUCAUAGAAGAUGAGGAGGAUACCUGCCCCCUCUGCAUCGAAGAGUUUGAUCUCUCAGAUAGGAACUUCAGACCUUGUCCUUGUGGAUACCAGGUGUGCCAGUUUUGUUUUAACAACAUCAAGAAUAAUAUGAACGGCCUUUGCCCUGCUUGCCGACGACCUUACGACGAAAAAACUAUACAGUGGAAAGUUGUUACGCAAGAAGAAGUCGCCGAGUUUCGGGCCAAUAUUCAAAAGAACCAAAAGAAACGAGCUCUGGAUCAACGACAAAAAGAACUACAGAAACGCGAAGCCGAAAAGGAGAACCGUAAGAAUCUGAUCGGUGUCCGUGUUGUCCAAAAGAACUUGGUCUACAUCACGGGUCUUGCACCGACAGUUCGAGAGGACGAACUUCUCAAGACGCUACGAAAGCCCGAGUUCUUCGGCCAGUACGGCAACAUCCAAAAGAUAUCCAUUAGUAACCGAAAGAGCUCUGAUGGCCAACAUCAGUCGCUUGGCAUUUACGUGACCUUCGAACGUCCGGAAGAAGCGACGCGGUGCAUCCAAGCUGUGCACGGAUCCCACAACGGUGAUCGAGUCCUAAAGGCGCAGCACGGCACGACGAAAUACUGUUCAGCUUGGUUAAAGAAUGAAAAAUGCGGCAAUCCUGGUUGCAUGUUCUUGCAUGAACAAGGCGAUGAGGAGGACAGUUACUCACGACAGGACUUGUCCUCUAUGAACAGUAUAGGGUCUCAACGGCCUCUCCCCGGAGGCAGUUCGCGGUCGGCUUCCCGACAACAGAUUUCCCAUCCUACGCCGCCUCCCGUCGUAUCUCAUCCGAUGACGCGCUCCAUUAGUAAAGAGGGUUCUGAGAAUGGUGCCGAUGGAUCAGCUCUACCUUCCUCAGCCAACUGGGCACGCAAUCCACAGCGAAGUCGCAGAGGCAGUCUUGCUACUAGUGGUGCUGCAUCCAGCCCUGCUAUUUCAACAGCUCAGCCUGUCACCGCAGAGCCUGUACCAGAAGAAGCAGUCGAAGAAGAAGAUGAGGAUGAGUUGGAGGAAGAGGAACCUCAGCAAGAGGAGCCAGUUGCUGGGCCGUCAUCAUCUAGGACCCGGGAGUCUGAAUCACCUGCACCAACUCAAGAGUCGCCUGAUUCAUGGCUUAAGGAGAUCUACAAGACAUUGCAAAGUUGCCCCAUGCCUAUCUUUCCAGACGUUGACGAAGACCAAUACCCACCUAUGUUCGAUCCUCGUGGUGGCGAGAAGCGCCGGGCUAUGCGAGAGGAGGAGGAUUCACGUUUGAGUGGAGAACAGGAAGAGCGACCCGAGGUUCGUGAGCCAUCGGAAGGAGAACCUGAGACCGGUGGCAGCCUUGCUCUCGGAGGAGAGCCUGAGGACCGUGACAGUUCUGGCGACAACCGAGGCUUCGAUCGCCGACCUAGUGCUCAGCCUCCUAUUCAGCGACUUUCUACUGACGGGCUCUUUGGACCUUCCCUCACUGGAGCCUCACCUUUUGGCCAGAGCUCGGGGAACCCUGGUUCGCGGUCUAUGACGCCGCAGCAGCUGUAUCUUCGAUCUCAGGGCGGAUUUGGCGAUGCCCCUCCUGGCAUAACCAGCCAAAGCAAUGCUUUCCAGAAUCAGGGUCAAAGCCAAGGCCAAGGCCACAACCGUCAAUCCUCUCGAUUCAGCUUUGCCAACGACAACGCUGGCUCUUCUACCAACGUCAAGGUCGCAGCCAACCCGCGUAUCAUGGCCCAGCAAUCCUCUAUGAUGCCCAACACGUUUCAAUCGCAGAGCAGCAAUCAGUUUUACGGUGCCUCCAUGCCUGGACCUCCUCCUGGUCUUAAGUCAACCGGCACUCCCCCUAGCAUGUUCGGUCAGUUUGGUGGACAGGGCUUUGGCGCCCCCAAAGACAAUUCGAGUGAGCUUCUUCAGAGUUUAAUCGGCCGCGGUCGGGCUGGUAACAACCAGUCCCACGAUGCGGGAAAGCCUCCUUCUUCCGGGCUCCUGCCGCCUCUCUAUGGUAAUACACCUGGAGGGUACCAAGACAUGGGCUCUAAGCAGAAGAAGAAGGGAAAGAAGCACAGACAUGCUAACACUUCCUCCUCCGGGGGGAGUGGCUUAGUAGAUCUUGCAGACCCGAGUAUCUUGCAGGCGCGAAUGCAGCACCAGUCUCAAGGCAGCGCCGGAGUCGGACAGGGCUUGUUUGGCGGUCAGAGUCAAGCUUUUGCAUCAGGCGUCAUCUAUGUUUUAUUGGGGAAAACGGAGGACGACGAGAGAAUAUCUCGAGUCUCCUUCCUCCGACUUUUACCGGUCUAUGGAAGACCGCGCAUGGGGGUUCACGUCAGGCAAGCCAUCAUCGUCUUCCACAAGCUCCCUAUGUUUGGCGGUCUCCUUGAUGAUGAGCUCCCAUCCCUGGACGAGGCUACGAAUUCUGUCGACGCGUUAGUUUCUGACGAUCCCAUACUGCCGCCAAUUGGUCUGGAAGGUCGCACAUCUGUGCCCCCGGGCUUGUCGUUACCCCCAGGACUGCCAGCCAACAUAUCGAGACCUCCAUCUACUCAAGGUCAUACAAAACCCACCAACAUUGUGCCAGCGUUGCCUAGAAUGCCACCCCCUGGACUCUCACAAGGUUCUUUAACUCCUGACCAGUCGCCUGCAAAGCUAAAGCCAGCGAUACCUGUCUCGGAAGCAAAGAAGAACAUCAAGUCUCUGGCGGCCGAAAGCGGACUCUCACGGGAGAUUACGACACAAUCGCAACCGAACCUUACAAAGGCAAGUUUCUUACAGGAUGAGGACUUUCCAGCUUUGGAUGCAUCGAAGAACAAGAGUCGACCCGCAACGCCUACACCCAAGGCUACGCCAAAGGCCAAACGUCAUGCUGAGAGGAUUGUGGACAGAAUGAUGGCCAAGGCCGGAGCCAGCCUAGAGAGCAUGGCCCAGGCAACCAAAGCGGAGGAGGCCAAGGUUCAAGAGACCAAAGCUCAAGAAGUCGAGGCUCAGGAGACCAAGGCCCAGGAAGUGAAACCUGCAUCAUCGUCCCAGGCAGCAGACAAGAAGCCCAUUACUGUCAACACUCAGGUUGGAAAGAAUGUGGCUGUGAAGACCAGUGAACUAUCUGCAACAACUGAGAAGUCAACAACAGAGACCUCGGCGGCCUUUCCUCCCUUGCCUACACCCUCGUCUACCGCAAUUGCAUCCCCUGUCACACGCACAGCACCAAAGACACUGCGUGUCAUUGCAGCUCCCAAGGCCGAGGCACCUCCUCCUGCUUCUCCUGCCUUGACCAUGGCAUCGGUUGCGUUGUCAGGCACUUCCAGGGCUGUCUCUGGUAGUUACAGGCCAGAUACACCUGUCAGCGAGAUGGUUAGUGACAACGCCUCGGUAGUGUCUGCCUCUGUGACCCAUUCUCGGGCAAGCUCGCCACCCCCCAGCAGGAUUGGGUCUGCUGCGGUAAGAACCACAACCAAGAGUCAACAGCGAAAGCAACGAAAAGAUGUUUUGAAGCAAGAAACAAAGUUGAUCGCCGAGGCUCCCAUAGCAGAGGCAGAGGUGCAUGCUCCUAUCAUGGGACGGAAGAAGAAACAGAAGAAGGAAAAGCCUAUUAAGACGGCCCAGCCUGAUGCUUCUACUAUCCCAGAGGCUCCCGCAGACGAGCCAUCCCAGCCACCAUCUCAACAAGAGCCCGUCAAGGAGCCCGAAAGAGAGCCAGAAGAGAAGCCUCUCAAGAGCAAGAAUUCUCAAAAGAAGUCAAUCAAAUCCAAGGGCAAAACAAAGGAGGUCGAGACUCAACCGACUCCUCCUCCUCCUCCUCCAGCGUCCCCUAAGGAAUCUACCCCUGAUGCUCAAGAGCCACCUGCAAGACCACAGCCUGACCCGGCGUCGGUUUUUUCUGAGAUUAAGAACACUCUCUGGGCUUCGAGUGUCGAUAAACUCCAACUGUUUAAGCCCAUCGCCAAUGGCUCAUCUCGCACCGACUACAGUGCUGCCAAGAACAACGCCAAUAAGGCUGAGCAUUGUAAAGACUGCUCUUGCAAAUGUGGAGAAAUUCAAGAUGAGGAUCUUGCAGCGCUGCGCGCAGGAAAGCCUGUCCGAAAGCAAUUCCACGUUGAUGGCAGCCGCAUGCUCAUUACCCCCAAUGGUGACUGCAUACGUGGUCUGACCCCUGAGGAAGAGGACGCUUUCCUGGAACUUCAAGCUGCCAUUGCCAAUACGGCAGAGAACCCCGGAUCGUUCAUUGCCCCUAGACAUCAGCCUGGUAGUGGAGCAUUCUCUCUUAUUAAGGGCCGAGCUGUUCCCAAUGGACGUCCCAACAUCUUCCCCGCCACUGCCCAGCUCCAGUCUCAAGACCCUAUCGGAAAGCUUCAGCGAGAGGACGCGCUUAGCUACAUCAACCAGUACGUUCUCCCUCGCCUCAACCUAGGUGCUACGAACAUGGGAUUUCCUAAGGGAGCAUCACCUACUAAGGAUGCGGCUGCUGCGAGUCUCAACUCUCUCGCACCCUACUUCUAUGGCCCCGAUGCUGCCGCCGGUGUGGGUAUUUACAGCCCUCCUGAUGGAGCACGGGCGAUGCAGGACUUCAGCUCGGCUGGAAUGUCGAGUGAAGAGCGUGGAAAGAACUUCGGCAUGGGUGUCGGUGGUAUGCCCCUGAUGAGCGUCGAAGAUGCAGAGGGUGCCCUUGCGGCUGCUCGACGAGAGACUGAGAAGUUGGAGAAGGGAUUGAACCAGGUAAUCAAGCGCAACAGACGACUUAUUCUUGGAGGAAACAACUAAGAGACAAGAACGACACACCGCAUUUUAACAACACGCUGUAUUAUGACCAGAAGAGUUGAGGACCUUCAAUGGAUGGCCCAUUGAAGCUGUAUGAUGCUAUGAAGCACAAAUAUCGCCACGGAACGGCGGAUGGCUUUGUAUGAUAAUCGAUAGGAUCAAUGUUGGAAUAGUGUAACUAGGAAUCAUAAGGAUAAGAAGAAUCGGC